AUGGGAGAAUUUGAGUUAGUAUCUCAUGAUGGCCUUCGACUUUCUGGUUUUGAUUGGCAAUCUUAUGAAAAUCCAAAUUCACCAUCGGCUGUAAUUAUUCUUAUACAUGGUGUAGCAGAAUAUAGUGGACGAUAUGAACAUGUAGCACAUUUUUAUAAUGAAAAUGAUAUAGCUGUUGUUACAAUGGAUCUUCGUGGUCAUGGUCUAAGUGAAGGUGAACAUGUUUUUAUACCAAAAAGUCAUUCAAUGUUUGGAGAUAUUGAUUUAUUAAUUGAAGAAGCACGAUAUCGAUAUCCAACAUGUCCAGCUAUACUUUAUGGACAUUCAAUGGGUGGAAAUUUAGCAUUAUCUUAUACACUUCAUCGAUAUCCCGAUGCAUCAGAUGAUUGUCCAUAUCAAGCUGUUAUUGUUACAGGUCCUUGGAUUCGUUUAGCUCGACUACUUCAACCACCUCGUCCAAUAAAUGCAUUAAUACGAACACUAUGUCGACUGAAUCCAACAUUAAAAGUUCCACUUCGUUUUAAUGCUCGUAGUAUUACACGUGAUGAAAAUAUUGUUGAUGCUUAUAAUGAAGAUCCUCUUAUACGUCGAUCGGCAACAUUAUCUAUUGCACAUCGUAUGGGUACUAUGGCAACAAAACUCGAUCGAACAGCAUGUAAAUUUCAUAUACCUGUUUUAAUUCAACAUGGUAACGCUGAUUCAUUAACAAGUCAUAAAGCCAGCUCAAAAUUUGCUGAUCGAGGAACAAAUAUUCAGUUUAAAAGUUGGCCAAAUUGUUAUCAUGAAUUACACAAUGAACCCGAGAGAGAAAAAAUUUUUCAAUUUACAUUAAAUUGGAUUCAAGAUACAGUACUUUGA